CUCCCCAGCCGGGGGCUUCCACCCGGGACACUAAAGGCCUAGGAAGGCCGCGCGCCAUCUGCUGGGGGCCAUGGCCGCCCCUGGGAAGCUCAGCACUUUCCGUCUCCCGCCGUUGCCCACGAUUCGAGAAAUCAUUAAGUUGUUCAGACUGCAGGCAGUGAAGCAGCUAUCCCAGAAUUUUCUCCUGGACUUGAGGCUGACAGAUAAAAUUGUAAGGAAAGCUGGCGAUCUGACUAAUGCAUAUGUUUAUGAAGUGGGCCCUGGACCGGGGGGAAUCACACGAUCUAUUCUCAAUGCCAAUGUUGCUAAACUUCUGGUGGUUGAAAAGGACACUCGAUUUAUUCCUGGAUUACAGAUGCUUUCUGAUGCAGCACCUGGAAAACUGAGAAUCGUUCAUGGAGAUGUGUUGACAUUUAAGAUAGAAAAGGCUUUUCCAGCAAAUCUCAAAAGACCCUGGGAAGAUGUGACCUACCAGGACACUCUUCGUUCAUGCAUGGUAUUAAUUGUGUUCCUCUCAUGUGUCACCUCCUUGGAAUACAUAGAGCCUCCAAGUGUACACAUCAUUGGAAACCUGCCUUUCAGUGUUUCAACUCCACUGAUUAUCAAGUGGCUUGAGAACAUUUCAUGUCGAAACGGACCUUUUACGUACGGCAGAACUCAGAUGACUUUGACUUUUCAAAAGGAAGUGGCAGAAAGACUGACAGCCAGUACAGGAAGCAAACAGCGCAGUCGCCUUUCUGUCAUGGCCCAGUAUCUGUGCGGGGUUCAGCACGUGUUUACGAUUCCAGGGCGAGCUUUUGUGCCCAAACCACAGGUGGACGUGGGAGUGGUACACUUUACUCCCUUGAGACAGCCCAAGAUCGAGCAGCCAUUCAAGCUGGUGGAAAAAGUUGUCCAGAACACGUUCCAGUUCCGGAGGAAGCGCUGCUACCGGGGGCUUGGAAUGUUAUUCCCGGAAGCGCAGCGUGUGGAAAGCACUGGGAGGCUGUUACGGCUGGCAGACGUGGACCCCACUCUUCGGCCCAGCCAGCUCUCGCUCUCACACUUUAAGAGCCUCUGCGAUGUUUACAGGAUGAUGUGUGAUGAAGACCCGCACCUCUUUGCUUAUAAUUUCAGAGAAGAACUGAAGCAGAGUAAAAGCAACACUCAGGAAGACGAAGACGAAGACGAUGAAGAGACCCACGCACUCUAGCUGCCACUCGUGGGCAGGGCCGGCCAGUGAUCUGCAGCGCGCGGCUUCUCACCCCGCGCUGUCUUCACAGUGACAAUAAAAAUGACAACCACCAAGUGUGCCUCGUUGUCCUUUUACUGUACAGCUUGGUAGAGAAAAUAAAUAUCAAAUAAGAUACAGUACAAGCUUUCUUUAAUAUAUAUACUGCAUAGAUAGAACAUGUUUAGUAUAAACAGCGUCUGUUACAACCUUACAAAAAUGAAGUAGCUGCAAUUGUGCCCCUAAACCACAUUAAAAUAAAUAUGCUUUAAAUAAAGCAAAUACUAACAGCUCAAAGAAAAUGUCCAGAGGAUUGAAAAAAGAUGAUCCUUUAAAAAAGCUAUUAAUCACAACUUCCCCAGUCUUUUUCCACAUAACUUAAAAUAAUUAGAAUGCAAUUUUAUUUUAAGGAUUCUAAGUCACUUUGAUACCUGCUUGGAUUGGAUAGAAACUAAGAAAUUUACAGAUUCUGACCAGCUUAAUCUAGUUUCCUGAUCCAUAAUAAAUUAAAAUAACUUAAGUCUUUACAGCUGUUUGGUGGGAAAAUGUAUACUGCACAGAACCACUAAUGGGUGGUUUUUCUGUG